CUGCGAACCACGGCCUUUUCGACAACUGCGUGUGAGCUUCGGCCAUAGGCGAUAACUCCUUUUAUAUAAGCGCUGUGUUUCCAAACAUUGGCAGACCGUCUGCUCGUCGCUAGGACGCUUUGAUCGGUUGUGUCGACCAAGCGAUGGCCGCAACACCCACGGCAACCACGGCUACAAUGCCGUCCACGGAUGACGCCUGGAAAGCGGCGCAGAAAUUACGGGCCGCGAUCCUCAAGGAGUUGGAGCACAUUCAGACUGCCGGCCCUGGCACAAACGAGCUUGCCCGCUUUGAAAAGGUCGAGAAACUGAUGGAGACGUAUCGCCUUCGAUGCAUGGAAACCAUUUGGCUCGACAUCCGUGCUGCGAAGGAGAAGGGCGCCGAGGAUGCUCUCUGGCAGGUCCAUACCUUCGUCACAAAGGCCUACCGGAAGGUCCUUGCUAAACUCCAGGGCAACGACCAUGUCGUGCUCAGACGGAAACUUGAGAAGCUCUACUCAACCAACCUCAAGACGGCGCAGUACUUCUACAGAGGAUAUCUGCAGCGGACUUGCGCCCGAUAUGACAUGAAAGAUCUCAGGCGCAUUGCUAGCCGAGCCGAGCUUGAGGAGAUGCCUGUGCCAGACAAGGACAAGGUUGAUCCCACGGCUGCGCAGGUCCAGGAUGUUGUAAAGUCAUCGUGCCAUAAGACGCUCAUCUACCUCGGUGACCUGGCAAGGUACCGCACGCUCUUGCGCCCCAAAGACCGCAAGUGGGAGGGCGCUUUGGCAUAUUAUCAGCUGGCGAACGAGUUGGUCCCCGAAUCUGGAUAUGGCCACCACCAAUGUUCGGUGAUCUUCGUCGAGACCGAGGACCAUCUCGAUGUUGUCUACCAUCUUUACCGUGCUUUAGCCUGCAGCAUGCCGCACCCAAAUGCCCCGGCAAACCUGGAACGCGAGUUUCGUGAUCUCCAGAAGCGAAAGAGCGGCAGCACCCAACAUGCUCUGCUGACUUGGUUUGUUAAACUCCACGCUUUCUAUGCCCAGGGCAAGGAAUUCGCCGAGCGUAAGGAGCUCGAGAGCGAGGUUGAUCAUCGCUUCGCUGUGGCGAUGAAGACGGGAACGGGCUACGGCUCAGACAUGGAUCUGUUCAAGAUCGUUCUGAUCAACAUUACUGCGUUUGUUGCCGCUCAAGACAAGAUCCGUGCAAACUGGACCGAGGAGGGAUCCAUGGCCUGCCAGUACAUCCUGCUUCUCAACGUCCGAAUGAUCCACGCGAUUGCGCGCUUGCUCGGAGAGGAAUUAGCAGAUCUCAUCAAGCGUGCAAGCACAGAGGUUCCCGCUUCUGGUUCCGGUGCUACAUCCCAGGCGGAGAACUCGAUGACCAAGUUCACCCCUGCAUUCAACCGCGUCCUGCCGCUGCUACGCAUUUACAUGGCCUGGCUUUGUUACUACAGCUCGCAGCUGGUUGAAUUCCAGGCUCACCUGGAACCGCACUUUGGAACUAUGUGCACGACGCUGAGCAACACACUCACCCUCUUGUUUGAGUUGUUGGCGGUCAGACCACAACUUGGAAGCACCGUGCCGUGGCGCUUUCCUGAGGAUGAAAUGACUCUUGGCAUACAGUGCCUCAAUGGGCCAGAACUGCAUAACGGUUGUCAGCUUUACUACGACGCAUUUACGCUCAAGCCCAAGCCGCCCCGUGAAGACAUUUCUGGUGCUAACCACACGGCUGACGACGUCACAUUCACUCGUGCGCUCGACGUUCUACUGUGUGCGCUUGAUGUAUCAGCACCGGAGUCAAAGUUCCCAUUUACUACCUCCACAGCCACGAAAGGAUCCCGGGAGCUCACGAAGUUCGUAUAUCUAGAGGGCGGCAAGCCGAUUCCUACUCCAACCGUGCCACCCAUUCAGCACCCGGAGCCUACGGACGUUCCGACCACCGCUGAACAGGGGCGCCAAAGGCCAGUUGUGGCCCCGAGUCCGUGCGAGUCUAAUGAACUUUCUGAGGAUCGGGACUUCUAUGGGCCAGAUCUGCGGAAGGCUGGGAAGGGUACUUACAGUAGCAGAGGUGGAGCCGCUACCGGCACUAUACAGGCAGCACCUGCUACCGAGUAUCCGAUCGAGAAGCAGCUGUUCCAGAUACUCAACGACUUCAUGGCGCCACCAGAGUCUUCCCACGCGGCCAAGCCCGAGACGCCCGGCCGUUCUCAUGCGCGGACAGACUCGUACGGAAUGGGCUCUGCGGCAGUGGCUGAAGCCUUUGCAUCUGGCGACUCGGCCAGUCCCGCGCCUGGCUCGGCUGGGAUGAAGCCAAUUCCGACUCUACCUUGGGACUACUUCUACAAACCGGCACCCGUUGACCCGGCUCUACAGCAGUCUGGCUCUAGCGGUACGGGCUCUGGUUGGGGGCCCAAUGGUGCAAGGUUCUCUCGCCCGGCGAGCUCUGGGAAUGCGGCGCAACUUAGAGCCGGAUCAACUAACAGCAAUCCACUGCGUCAGAUGCAUCAAAGGUACGACAGUCUGGAUCAGGCAAGGCUCGGGAACCAAACGGAGGCGCUCCGGUCUCUGCACUUGAGCUCGGACAACGUUGGCCAGUAUCAGCAGGGCUCUGCUAGCCAGGGAAUGUGGUCAGGGGCCCUCAAUGGAGAAUCGACCACUGCGCGGGCAAUGCCGUCCAACCCUCUACAACAGAGUCCCUGGCCGUCUGCCAACCCAUGGCAAACGACCUACGGUCAAAACCAUUCGCCCAACAACCGAGUGCCCAACUCGUCCUUUUCGAGCCUUGAGUUUUCUGCCAAUACCUUGAGCCUCCCCCAGGUCAAUAGCCCGUGGGGCGUGCCGACGGCAGCUCAGAGGUUCUCUGCGGCGCAGCAGUCUCCAUCUACCUCUGCCUCGCUCGGCGUCCAUCCCGGUGUAUCGGCUUCGUCCUCGUCCGGCAGCAGAUUUCCGAGCGCCUACGCCGCUGCAAUGGCCGGCGAGCCAGCCGCGCAGCGUCUGACUACUCCUUGGCCUGAUGCCCGCCAGCCGCGGUCCGGCGUGAAUCCCGCACUUGCGGGAGGAGACAUUUGGGUGAAUCCGAUCCGAAACCCUGCCGUGAGCCAGACGGCGAAUGGGGAGCCGGUGAUGCAGGGCAUGCCCAAACGCUGAACGUUGCGAGUCACUUAUGAUGUCCACUCCAUCGUUCAGGCAUGGCCGUUCGCUCGGUAUUCUGCCGUGUUUAAUGGGUCCUCUGCGACACCCGGCAGUAGUGGGAGCCAGAUCACCAGUCUCUAGGGCAGAGAACAAGGCGAAAGGAGCUGUUACGACUGGUCGGGAAUUGGCCGCGAUUGCGACCCCAGGGAGACGGAUUCGUUCCACCCACACUGUCCUUGCUUGGUCUGCAUACAGCGGGCGUCUAAGGGCUAGCCCGGCCCUUGACUUGGCAGGACGUCGCCACAUUGCGUUCCGAAGUGGCCUGUUUGUGU